UUUCCCUUGGCGGAGACGCGGUAGCGCAGCGACGACGUGCGGCCUCUUCUCCACAAUUUUGUAGCGCGGGGGGGGUGCGGCGGCCUCUGGACGAAACCAUUCCUCGCUUCCGAUUCGAGCAAAAUCGUGAGCUCGCCGCGGCUUGUAUUCUUCUGCGCGGCAGGUUCGAUUCGAUCGGAUUGUCCGGCUUCAAUUCCAGUUCGUCGAUCGGUCGGCCGAGAAUGUCGAGCCUUGAAGAGCCACUUGGUCUUGGGGACCUGCCAAAGUUGAGUAUUAACAGACUUGGAAGGUUCUGUCAAAGUGGUUGCAGAGCAAGAGCUGAUGACCGCAGCAACGGCAAUUACACGCAUAGCAAUGGUAAUGACAACCAGACGCUCUUUCACAGCAGUUCACAUUCAUGGCAUCUGCAAGGCAACUACACCGAUUCAUCCUGUAAUGGAAUAGAUAUGGAAUUUAGAGCUCUUCCACGGAAGGUUUCGUGGGAUCUCCCAAGGUUCGUGAAGGUUGUGGAAGUUGGACCACGAGAUGGUCUGCAAAAUGAGAAGAACAUUGUGCCAACAUCAGUUAAGAUUGAGCUGAUACACAAGCUGGUGGCUUCUGGUUUGUCAGUAGUUGAAGCCACAAGCUUUGUUUCUCCGAAAUGGGUGCCUCAGCUAGCUGAUGCAAAGGAUGUGCUUGAAGGGGUCCAGUACGCACCAGAUGUGCGGCUUCCUGUGUUAACUCCUAACCUCAGAGGAUUUGAGGCUGCUGUUGCAGCUGGUGCAAAAGAAGUUGCAGUUUUCGCAUCUGCCUCUGAAUCCUUCUCUAAGUCGAACAUUAACUGCACCAUUGAGGAAAGCCUUGUUCGGUACCGUGAUGUUACUUCUGCUGCCAAGAAACAUGGAGUACGUGUACGCGGGUACGUAUCAUGUGUGGUUGGUUGCCCUGUCGAAGGCGCAGUGCAUCCAUCGAAGGUAGCAUAUGUUGCCAAGGAGCUUUACGACAUGGGUUGUGCAGAGAUUUCACUCGGUGACACAAUUGGUGUCGGCACACCAGGUAGGGUAGUUCCUAUGCUCGAGGCUGUCAUGUCUGUCGUUCCGGUUGACAAGCUGGCCGUUCACUUUCAUGAUACAUAUGGCCAAGCACUUGCCAACAUCCUAGUCUCUCUUCAGAUGGGGGUCAGCAUAGUGGAUUCAUCAGUGUCCGGCCUCGGAGGGUGCCCUUACGCGAAAGGCGCCACCGGCAACGUCGCAACAGAGGACGUGGUGUACAUGCUCCACGGCCUGGGGAUAGAGACUAACAUCAACCUUGGCAAGCUCAUGGAUGCCGGCGAUUACAUAUGCAAACAUCUGAACCGGACAUCAGGCUCCAAAACUGCUACUGCUUUAUGCAAGCUAACUGCCUGAGCCCGAUCAUAUUUGGAUUCAGGAACAUGUUGUAUGUUAUAUGUAUUUACACUGGCCAUUUUGUUGUAUACACUCAAUUUCUCUCAGUUCAGGGCAGGUGAAACUUAAUAUUUGGGAUUCAGGACAGUGUUGCUCUCCAUUACAUGUAUUAUACAGGCCAUUUGGCCGUGUACACUUUCAAUUUACUCAGUUCAGUUCAGGUGAAAUUUAACAGGAACUAUUGACGUGUACAAAUUUGUA